AGGGAAAGAAAAUGUUGAUUCGGCCUAGCAUAGCCGAAUUUGCUAAUAAAGAUAAUGUUGUUAUUGGUGAACCCAGGAAAGGCAAGGAGGGCGACAAAGUCUUGGGACGAGAGGUUGUGCUUGAUAAGCAACCCGAUGGCAAAGAAGUAUUGAAGAUCACCAUAAAAAAUCCUUCACUUGGGGGGCAACCACAAGUACAAGAAGAUACUCAAGUUAGAUUUAUCAAGCCCAAGAAUUCAGAAGUUGGCAAGUGGGAAAAGAGUGAAGCUAAGCGCAAGCGAAUCAGGCCAACUUUUGAUAUGUUGCUAUCCAAAUAUGCAAGUCAAGCGGCCGGUUCUUGUUCUAAUCGGUCAUCACAUUCAAAGCGUUCAAGGUUGCCUCCGGAGCAAGAGUUUCGACGCUAUGCAAGGCCAUAUGGGUCAUGGGCACCGACAUGGAUGUCACAACCCUCCUAUGCACCAUAUUACAUGAGAGACUUCAAUGGAGGAUGGUGGCAGCACCCAAUGGCUCCUUAUGCUUUUCAUAUGGGGUGGGCGGCGCCUAGAAGGCCUGCUCGCAAUAGGCUUUAUUAUCCCACACAAGGUCGUUUGAGCUAUGGUGCUAAUCGGCCAACAAAAAUUUCUCCAAGGUUCCAUGGUUAGUGAUCAUGAGGCAAGCACAAGCAGGGCCAAACCAAGGGAUCCCAAAUAUACGCAACCUAAGUGGUGUCCUCCCGGUUUAACCAAGAACAUGAAAAGGAGAUUACAACGCAUGAGGAACCACGAGAAGGUAGAGCACGAAGAGGAGAGGCAAAGGGACGAAUUGUUAAGUGAAAUUCGGCCCAUGGCACUCACAAAACAAGUGUGGAGGCCUAAACAAAAACAAAACACAGAUGCUUCUACAUUAGCUGCAGCAACACCUUCACCACCAAAAGAGGAUGAUGCGACUACUAUUAUAUCAUUCACACCACCUGAAAAAUCCCCUUCAAUUGAGGAAACUUUAAGCCCAAUAUACACAUUGGGGGAUGAAGAUGAGAUGGUGGAUUACGACUCUACGCCGGUUCGGGAAGGUAUGGAUAUUAAUAUGGUGUAUUACUUACCUGCCGAGUUUCGUGCUAUAGGUGAAGAAGGGGAGGUGGCUCAACUGGAUUUUGGUCCAAAGAACACUAUCUUCGAGAAGCCAAAAGAAUCAGUGAAACACUUGAAGCCAUUGUACCUCAAUGGUCAUAUUAACGGACCGCCGGUUGCUAGGAUGCUCGUUGAUGGUGGUGCUGUGGUAAAUCUUAUGCCCUACUCGGUCUUCAAGAAGUUGGGAUUAGAUAAUGAUGCAAUGAUGAAGACCAAUAUGGUACUUAAUGGAUUUGAGGGUAAAGAAAAGACAGAGGCCAAGGGUGUGAUGUGCAUGGAACUCACUGUGGGAAGCAAAACUUUGUCCACCACAUUCUUCAUCGCCAAGGUGCAAGGUAACUAUAAUGUUAUAUUAGGCCGUGAUUGGGUUCAUGCUAACCAAUGUGUGCCAUCUACCAUGCAUGAAUUCUUAAUACAGUGGGUCGAUGAUGAGGUAGAAGUCAUUCACGCGGAUAAUUCGGCUUGUGUUGCUUUGACGGAUGCAUCGGUGGAUUGGAAUCAUCUGGAUGUUACUUUCUUAACAGGGCAUGACCUCUCGGAGUUUGAUUUCCUUAGUGCUACAAGGAACGGGUUCAUUCCCAUCUCUUUUAAGCCGAUUGGUGGUAAUCGGUUCCAAGGUAUGAUGUAAACAAGAAGUUAAACAUGGCCGAUAUAGAAAUUAUCGCCCUAAGCACAUAAAAUGGCCGAUGGAGUGUUGACAUCAUCCUUAGAAAAAGUAUCAUGCAAGUUAUUUUUCGGUACACAAGUUUGCCGAAAAACAGGGGGGCAUGUGUUGACACCAGAUUUUGGCACGGCGAAGAACUUAAUUAAGAUGGCCUCAAAUGGAGAAGUGCUCAAAGUGAUAAAGUUCCAUAUCGUCAAAAGGAAAAACUUUGAUAUUUGGGCCAUUGUCAUCCGGUCUCAUCUCUAAGGCCGAAGUUGUGUUCGAAGUACUCAGAUUUUGUAUUCAGAACACUAUUCGGCUGAUUACGCCCCCAAGAUGGCAUCAUAUGGGAAAAGUCUCUACA